AAAAUUAUAUUUUUAUUUUUUUUCGAAAAAAAUCUAACGAACACCAAACUAUCCGAUAUUCGCUCCGGAAAUCAAAAUGAGAAAUUUGACACAAGACUGAACUCAGAUUACAGAGAGAAAAAACCUUAAAGGCAUACACAUCAAACAACAGAGAGGAAAAAAUACAAAGAAGAAGCUGAUAAGGCAUGGCGAAAGAGACGGUGUGCGUGACAGGAGCAAACGGGUUCAUCGGAUCCUGGAUAGUCCGAACCCUCCUCGAGAAGGGCUACACGACGAUCCACGCCUCCAUAUACCCGGGAUCCGACCCGACCCACUUGCUCGACCUACCCGGAUCCGACCCGAACAAGGUCAGGAUCUUCGAGGCGGAUCUCCUCGACUACGACGCCGUUUCGAGAGCCGUAGAGGGAUGCAAGGGGGUGUUCCACGUAGCGUCGCCGUGUACGUUGGAUCCACCGGAGGAUCCGGAGAAGGAGCUGAUGGAGCCGGCGGUGAAGGGGACGAUGAACGUGUUGAAGGCGGCGAAGGCGAGGCGCGUGGUGGUCACGUCCUCGAUCUCGGCUAUGGUUCCGAACCCUGGCUGGCCCUCCGAGAAGCCCGUGGACGAGUCCUCGUGGACGGACCUCGACUACUGUAAAUCCAGACAGAAAUGGUAUCCGAUCUCAAAGACACUGGCUGAGAAAGCGGCUUGGAAAUACGCGGAGGAGACUGGGAUGGACAUGGUGACGAUACAGCCGUCCACGUGUCUGGGACCGCUGCUACAGCCGAGCCUGAACGCGAGUUGCGCUGUGCUGGUGCAGCUGUUGAAGGGGUCGACCGAGACGCAGGAGUACCACUGGCUCGGCGCGGUUCACGUCAAAGACGUCGCCAAGGCUCAGGUGCUGCUGUUCGAAACUCCCGAAGCUUCCGGAAGAUUCCUCUGCACCAAUGGAGUUUAUCAGUUCAGCGAGUUCGCUGCUCUCGUGUCCAAACUCUUCCCCGAGUUCUCUGUUCACAGGUUCGAAGGAGAAACUCAACCUGGCCUAAAACGCUGCGUAGAAGCGGCGAAGAGGUUGAUGGAGCUGGGAAUGACCUUCACUCCCCUGGAAGUUGCUGUCACGGAGACCGUUGAGAGUCUCAGAGCCAAAGGCUUCCUCUGAUUCAAUCUACAUGUUUUCUCACUUGUGAUGUUCAGUUAUAAGAAACAACCAUGUUGAGUUCUUGUAAUAAAAAAAACAUGGAGAUCUCAUGAAUUUUAUGAUUCAAAAUGAUUUAA